AAAAUCUCUGAGGAUUUUAUCCUCGUUGAAGCUUUGUAGAGGCGUCUCGGUUAGUAAUAACAAUAGCAUAUUCAAAAACAAGUCCUUCUGUCAACCCAUCUUCGAUAAGCCCCAAGAAACUGCGUUACAAUCUCUCUUUGCACGCAUCACGUCCAUCAUUCCCAUCAAAUCUCACAGCUCACCUGUCAUUCAGGUCCAGAGCGUUUGACCAUGAAAUUUUUCAGCACCUAUAGAAUGUUAAAUCUCGUAGAACGUGCCCAAUAAGACAAUAAGCAUAAAUUAGUGGGGCAAGGCACGCCCACAUCUUCUUCAAACUCUCGAAGCUCAUGGGUAAAGAAUACAAUUGGUCUUAGAACUUCCACUCGUAGACUUGCAUGUACGUGCAUUGUACCAUAAUAUACCACUCUAUUCUCUUCUGGCAUCUGAGUGCAAGGGACUUUCUACGUGAGGAGAACAGGAGCGUCGGUUGUCGAAGGUCCAAAACUAGUCGUCCCAAACUUCUCUCGAGCUGACUCACUGUCACAACCGACCCCGAAGUCGGAUUCGUUCGGCAAACCUAAAUCCUCAUUUAAAGCAUCGGAACAAUUUCAGUAAAAAAAUGGAUGUGACGAAGAGCUUGGAUCUCGGGACUCUUUUCUCAGCGAAAGAUCUCGUCAUUGCCAUUACUGGCGGCGGCACAGGCAUCGGUCUAGCAUUUGCAUCCGUAUUGGCUAAAACAGGAGCAAAAAAAGUCUAUAUCCUGGGACGACGAAAGGACGUCUUGGUCAAGGCUGUUGAAACGAUCGGAACUGAUAACGUGGUCCCCAUCGUCUGUGAUGUCACAAAUCCUUUCACGGUCACUUCUGCAGUCCAACAGAUAGAGAAAGAGGUGGGCUACCUCGACGUACUUGUGAAUAACGCAGGCGUGUCUGGACCCGACAAUCGGCCUAUGUACAGCGCGAACAGCAUCCAUGAGCUGCAAGAGAGCAUGCUAGCCCAAUGGCCAGGUUGGGCAAACACACUUUCAAUAAACACUAGCUCGGUCGUACUGGUCAGUGGCCAGUUCUUGCAUUUGCUCGACGCUGGAAAUGCGAAGAGAGGUUGGGAGUCCGGUAAACUGGAGUUUGGCGGUCGCCCCCGCUCGCGCAAGGAUGUCGAGGGCAUAGAUAAAGAUGACUUGCGAACGAGUCAGAUAAUCACUGUUGCCUCUAUCGCGGCAUAUAACCGCUACAUCACGGCCGGUCUAGCUUACGGUGCCUCCAAAGCUGGCGCCGUGAGCAUAGGAAAAGCUCUAACCAGCAUAUUAGGCCCAUGGGGUAUCCGUUCAAAUGUGAUCUGUCCGGGCAUCUUUCCUUCAGAGAUGACAGCGGGUACAGCACCGGAGUUUCCAUACGAUAAAGUGCCAGCUGGAAGACAAGGCACAUAUGACGAGAUUGCGGGAACAAUCCUGGGGUUGGUAGGUCGAAGUGGAGCGUAUUUCAAUGGCCAGGUUACUGUUGUGGAUGGUGGCCGCUUGUCACAAAUGCCAGCAACUUACUAGUCAUCUUCAAACUUUAGUCUGUGUUGAAUGACGGCAUUCAGAUGAAACUAUAGAUUCGAUGCCAAAUUCCAAUAACCACCAACACCAUACUGAUGAAUAUGAGAAACGCUGAAUAUAUCAUGCAAAAUGUAUGCCCUCUUCGUUGAAUCCUUCAAGUAACCUUAAG